GAGGGACUACAACUGUCGGAGAGGAAGUAGUGAGCAGCACAAAGAGCAGGGCAGGGUGACAGAAUCCAGUUUCAUUUUCUUUCUUACCGCUGACACACACAGCGUAUACCUCUGUCGAUUCGGGCAGCCUUCACUGACUUCAUUGUAGAAUCUUACAGCUGGCCAUGGACUUUAUAGAUCCCAUUCUGAGCAUUGCCACAGAGAUCUACGGGCUGGUUGAGAGAGUGAAAGCCAAUAAGAACCGCUGCCACCGUGUUUCUAAACGAGUAAAAGCCUUGGAGGAGCUGGUAAAGUCUAUCAAAAAGAGCGAAGCAGUCAGAAACUGUGUGGAGGUAGGAAAUGCCCUCAAGGAACUGUGCAUCACUCUGGAAUCAGCACAGAAGCUCAUUAAAAAAUAUGUAUCGGCCAACAUGCUGGAACGCAUUCUGAACUCCAACAGCCAUGGAGAUGAGUUCAGCAGUGUGAACGAACGUCUUAAUGACGCCUUCCAGAUCCUGUCCGGAGCUCAGCAGGUGCAGCAGGGCAACAUGAUAUAUAGGGUGUUCGAACUGACCUCCAGAGAAAAAGAAGAUGAGCUGGAUGGGAAGGAGGAUGACCAGGAUCUGCAGAAGUUGCUGCUGGAGUACAUGAAAGAUCAGAAGGAGAAAGCAGAAGCCAUGCAGAGACAGUUUGAACAUGUCAAAGUCAACGUGGAGAAAGUCGUGGAGAUUUUGAAUAGGCCCAAAGUCACUAGUGUGGACAUCCGAAUGAUUAAACCAGACGAGUUGAAGUACGGACAUCCCAAAAAACCUUUCAUGACAUCACCUGCCACCGAGGUCUACAAAGGAGAGUAUCGUGGAUUUACAGUGGCAAUCAAGAGAUACACCGAGCCCGUGAACACCAGCCCAGGGUCUGUCCCACAGUCAUUUUUUAAAGAAGUUGACACGAUGAAGCGGUUUGAGUCACCCAACAUCCUGCGAAUGUUUGGUAUCUGUGUCCGCGAUGAGAAUGGACCCAACCCUGAGUUCCUCAUCGUCAUGGAAUACUGUGAGAAAGGAAGUCUUUCGACAGCUUCUUGACUCUGAUUGCAAACUGUCCUGGACCAAGAAACUCGUAUGUGUCUGGAUGCAGCGCAAGGACUCUAUCGACUGCACCAGACAGAAGAAAAUGUAAUGUUCACGGGUGCAUCAACAGUUACAUAGUUCCUUGUCGCUGAAGGCUACAGAGUCAAGCUUGGAGGUUUUGAGCUGUCGAAAACGGAGACAUCACUGAAGCAGACAAAGGAUAAGGAUGUCAGGUCCCUGUGCUACUCCUCUCCCCAGAUGCUCAACGACAUCAACCACGUCUACAGCAAAGAGUGUGAGAUGUACAGUUUUGGAAUCGUCCUAUGGGAAAUUGCCACUCGUGAGAAACCUUUUGAAGGUUAUAGAAACGCAGAAAUUUAUCAGAAAGUGUGCCAGGAGAAAUAUCAACAACCGCUUCCCGAUGACUGUCCUGAGCCACUGGGGCAGCUGAUCAAUGCCUGCCGAGACUAUGAGAGCUUCCGGAGGCCAUCUGCUGGAGUGCUGGUGGACCAACUGCGCAGCGUGGUGGCCCAGAUGGAGGAGAAGAAAGAAACCCAACUUUGAAUAAAACUAGCCUGUAACUUCAGUAAACACAGUUCCAGUCAAAAGUUUGGGCACACUUGCAUAUUUAGUGGUUUUUCAUUAUUUUUCUAUUUCACUGCUGAUGCCAGAAGUAUUCAAUUGCACACUUACUGUGCUUGCGCUAGCCAUUCGCCACUUUGCCGGACUACAGCUCUCGCUCUGCACCUGGCUUACUCCAUUUCCACCAACACCCCUCCCCCUUUGCCACACACACACACACACACACACACACACACACACACACACACACACACACACACACACACACACACACACACACUUCCCAUCCCAAUCCUCUGGUCCUUGUGCAUCCCAACUUGUUAACCCAUGCGUUUUUCCUUCCUGUAUUAUUGCUAUUCAGGCCUUCAGCUGCUAUUUGGCUGGCAAUUAAUUGGUCAUUUCAUUGUUUUUGAAUCUGCCCAUUACUUUCUCAUUUGAUUGAUUAAUUAUUUGUUCUAUGAACUGUCAGAAAAGGGUGAAAAAUAUAUUGUAUCGGUAUUUCCCAAAUCCCAA